CUAGAUGAAGAAAAACACAAAAACACACGCAUGGUAUAUUUCUGGUCUUCAGUCUGAACUUCCCAUUUUUAUUGCCGAGUCCACUGCUUCAUUUCUUCAUAAAUGUCCACUCCAUCAACCGGAAUCUCCUUUGAUUCAGAUCGCAUCACAUCCGACCACCGCCACCACCACCAAUCGGAAUUCAUGGACUCCACCAGACACAACAGGUCGUCGUCAUCACAUUCGCCACCACCAAACACCAUUCAUUUCCCAGUCAACUACCUUAACCCUGACAAGUCUGAUCAUAAACGGAUUAACGAAGUUGAUUUUUUCAAGGAUACGAAACACUAUCCAUCGAAGUCGAUCAAUUAUGAUCUUAAUUGUAAGGAGGAGAUUACUACACCUGCUAUCGAUUUGGAUUUUAAUGUCAAUACUCGUUUGAAUCUUCUCACUGGAAACACAAGCAGCGACCAAUCUGUAAUCGACGAUUGCAUCUCUCCUAGUUAUGAAAAUAAACGAGCUAACCAUGAGUUAGUUAGUGUUCAAGCGAAAUUGAAGAGGAUGAAUGGCGAGAAUCAACGGCUGAGAGAGGCGUUGAAUCAAGUGAUCCACAAUUACAAUGCACUGGAGAAUCAUCUCGCGAUGAUGAUACACCAAAAACAAGGAGGUGAAAACCCUAAUGGAGAAGGAUCUAGAAAGCAGGUUAUGGAUCUGGGUUUAGCACAUCCAUCGAAAGCUGAAACCGAUAAGAAUUUGCAGUUGUCAACGUCAGAAGAAAGGAACCACGAUGAACAAUCGACGCGACCAAUUCUUAACAACCAGAACACUGGAAAUAUAGAUCAAUCUUCUGAUGAAGCACCAAUUCGGAAAGCUAGGGUUUCUGUUCGUGCUCGAUCAGAAGCUUCCGUGAUCGCAGAUGGAUGUCAAUGGCGGAAAUACGGUCAAAAAAUCGCAAAAGGAAACCCAUGUCCACGAGCAUAUUACCGUUGCACCAUGGCAGUUGGUUGUCUCGUUAGAAAACAAGUGCAAAGAUGUGCACAAGAUAGAUCGAUCCUGAUCACCACUUACGAAGGAAAUCACAACCAUCCUCUCCCGCCUGCCGCCAUGGCAAUGGCCUCCACCACCUCUUCCGCCGCCGGAAUGCUACUUUCCGGGUCCAUGCCAAGCUCCGACGGCUAUUUAGGAAGAAAUCUCCUCCCUUUCUCUUCUACAAUGGCCACCAUCUCAGCAUCCGCCCCGCAUCCGACCAUCACUCUAGAUCUCACUCAAUCUCAAAACCCGUUACAGUUUCAACGGAGCCCCGGUCAGUUCCAAGAACCUUUCUCUAACCCGACCCACCUGCCCCAUAUUUUCGGGCAGUCUUUAUACAACCACUCCAAAUUCUCAGGUCUUCAAAUGUCUGAAAACAUGGAAACCAGCUCCCAACCAGGGCAACUGCUGCCACCUGCCGCGUUGACCGAUACUGUUACAGCCCUCACGGCGGAUCCAAAUUUUACGGCCGCCCUAGCAGCGGCGAUAUCGUCUAUUAUUGGUGGCGGCGCCGGCGGGUCUCGUGAGAACAACAAUGAUGAAAAUGUCAAUGCCACCACCAGCAACAACAAUGGUCAUGGUAACGAUAAAGUCAGCAAUUCAGGUUUUCAAGGAAAUUGAAAUCCAUGAGCUGGUUUUAUUCAAUUCUUUUUGUAGUUAUCUUCCUUAUUAAUACACAUGUUCCAUAUUUUAUAAAGUAUCUACUAUUUAAUGAUAAAAUAAAUCACUUAUUUAAUUUAAUGAUACAAUUAACAAGACACAUGCGAUGAUUCAACCUAAUUGAUCGAC